AGACAUGGCUGUAUGGGCGCAGUUCCCGUUGCCUUUCUUUUAAAGGAUAAACAGAACAAAAAAAAAUUAAAUGCCAUCAACCGAUACUGAAUUUAAAAUAUUUUAACUUUAGAAUUUACAGAAAAGAUAUUGAAAUAACCAUAAAAAUAAUUGUGAUAUUAAAACUUGUUCGAAAUGAAUUCAGUAUCUAAAAAUUUAAAACCAGUAAUCGUUAAUCUAAAUAUUGGUGAUCAACUGACUUCUAUAUCAUGUGGACAUAUCGUUGUGGAAAUAAUUAAAUUUUUAGUUUAUCAAAGAUUACAAAUCCCCUACACAUAUCAGUGGUUGAAACAAGUAGUUACGAUGAAGAAAAAUUGUGAAAAUGAAGAUCACAAGGAGAGUUUUCAGUCAGAAAGACACUAUCAUAUAGCAUCUACGACAUUAGAAAAUCUAGAUUAUAUUUUAAAGAGCCUCUUACAUGAAAUAAAUGGCCCUUCUAUACCAGAUGAAGUGUGUAUCACUCUUGGGGGAACUCCUGUGACUUGUAAGGAAGUAUACAGGCUGAUUUUGCCCACAAUGUGCCAUAAACCACAAUGUCAUUCUUCUAAUAUUGCCAAUGAUCAGAAGAUUCAGAAAAGUAUAUUUAGAACAUUGGUGACAUCAGAAAUGCUGGGUCAAGUAUUUUUUAAUAUGAUGGCUCCCACAAACAUGUACGUGUUUAUAAAGAAGUCAACAAAUAAUCUGGAGUUAAUCAACAAUGACAACUUUGUCCCUGUAGAUGGACAUAGAAUACCGAGGAGUUCUAGAAUUGUUCUUAUAGACUUCAGAACUCAGAAUGCUAAAAAUUUAUCCUGUUGUAAUCAGUUUCAAAUAUUUGGUGAUAUUGGUAAUAAUUUAUAUGAUAAUGCCAAAAAAGAUAAUGAUGAAACUAAUGAUUUUAAUGAAAUUGAAUCCACAGACAAAAUAAAAUGGUAUCAAUCGUCAUAUGUUAUGAAGGGAUUUAGAGACUGUGUUGUAAAUGGCAGCUCUGUCACAAACAUGUGGUUAAAGUCUUGAUACAUAUCUAUUUAGUUUAAUUCACAAUUUAAUAGGUCAAUUCUUAUUUGUAAGUGCUUAUUAAAAAUAUGUUAGAAAGUGCUCAAUAUCUGACUGAUCAAUUUUAUGUUUUAGUGUAAUUUAAUGUAAUGUAAUUAUGACUACUGAAUUUAGAAUGAAGUUUUGAUGUUGAUUUAUGGAUGACCAUUGUUGUAUUAGUAGUUGGUCUGUAUUAUUAAUUUACUAUUGAAAUAUUUUAUAAUUUUUGUGCCAUAUAACAUGUUUCAGUUACAUUUCUUUGUGAAAAUAAUAAAUCAUUACUACUUAUGUUAUAUUAUUUUUAAUUGUUUACAUUACAUAAUAUAAUCUGAUUGUUAUCACAGU